UGCGCGCGUGCGCAGUUUGUGAGGAGCGACAACAUGGACGACGAGGAGGAGACCUACCGGCUCUGGAAGAUCCGCAAGACUAUCAUGCAGCUGUGUCAUGACCGUGGCUACCUGGUGACCCAGGAUGAGUUGGACCAGACACUAGAGGAAUUCAAGGCCCAGUUUGGGGACAAGCCCAGCGAGGGGCGACCAAGGCGCACAGACCUCACCGUGCUGGUGGCCCACAACGAUGACCCCACAGACCAGAUGUUUGUGUUCUUCCCAGAGGAGCCCAAGGUGGGCAUCAAGACCAUCAAGGUGUACUGCCAGCGCAUGCAGGAGGAGAACAUCACACGGGCGCUGAUCGUGGUGCAGCAGGGCAUGACACCCUCUGCCAAGCAGUCCCUCGUGGACAUGGCCCCAAAGUACGUGCUAGAACAGUUUCUCCAGCAGGAGCUGCUCAUCAACAUCACGGAACAUGAGCUAGUUCCUGAGCAUGUGGUCAUGACCAAGGAGGAGGUGACUGAACUGCUGGCUCGAUACAAGCUUCGUGAGAGCCAGCUACCCAGGAUCCAGGCCGGGGACCCCGUGGCACGGUACUUUGGGAUCAAGCGAGGGCAGGUUGUGAAGAUCAUCCGUCCCAGUGAGACAGCCGGCCGCUACAUCACCUACCGCCUGGUGCAGUAACUCCAGUGAGCCCCAGUGUAAGGGGGGUUCCGAGCUGUCCCUGGGGGACCCUGCUGCCUGUCCUUGACCCAGUAGAGGAUCUGAGGUGCACCCACAAAAAUAAAGUGUAAUAACAGGCAGGGCUUGAAUCCAGAUGCCUAGGGGGCAGAAGCAGGCAGAUUUCUGUGAUUCCAGACUAGCCAGGGCUACAAGUGAGGUCUUCGAAAACAAGCAAACCAAAACCCCAAACCUGUACUGUUGCCAGGGAAAAUUUAGCACUCUGGAGACUAAAGCAGGAGGAUUGCUACAAUUGAAGGCAAGUUUGUGGACUCUUUCGCGGUGAGAGUCUCUCCUGGAAAACAGUGAAAAGGAGCUCACGGCAGCGCCCCACACAGGGGAGGCCGCAGCCGCUGUUCUCUUCCUGCACAGCACCGCGACGCUGCUGCCUCAGGACCAGGCCCGCACCUGCAGCUCCGCAGGCCCCAGUGUGGGAGUCAUAACCGGAUUGCCUUUUGACCAGGGUUCUAUCCUGGCCAUUGUUGCAGGAUGAGCUACCUCAGAGCCGCAGCCACACCCCGCUCCUCCUUCUGAGGUCACUGUUCUGAGUUCUCCAUUCUCGCAGGACUCCCUUGAGAAUUAAAAGAUAUUUUGUGAAGAUAA